AUGUUCUCUUCCCCAUUGAGAUCACCUAGACCACCACCACCACCACCAACAUCCUCCAUAUUCGAGCAACAAGAUAUAUCUCCUCUCCUAGCUGCUGAAAUAGCAACUGAAUUCUCAUCGUUGAGAGCUCCUAAUGGAUGUCCGGAAGGGAUAUACCUCACUCCUUCUAAAGAGAGUCUAUUGAGAUGGAAUGGCGUCUUUUUCGUACAUCGAGGUCCAUACGCAGGCUCCAUACUACGCUUCACUCUCUUAUUCCCACUUGCAUACCCUCAGAAUGGCCCAUCAGUACGAUUCGAUUCCGAAGUUUUCCAUCCGAUGGUAGAUCCAAAGUCUAAGAUCUGGCAUGCUCGAGGACGUUUAUCACAAUGGACACCAAGGGUAGAUCAUGUUUCCCAUUUACUUCAUUCGUUGAAACGCAGUUUCAAAAGUAAAGAACUGGAUAAGGUCAAAGAAGACGAAGCUUUUAACAAACAAGUUUGGUCGUUAUAUCAUCAUUCUCAACAGACAUUCAUUUCGUUAACAUCACAACGUUCACUCAACUCAUUGUCUAGAUCAACCCUAUUUCCAGAUGAGUAUCCUGUACCUCCAUCUCCAAAUAGGACUCGAAAGAUCUCUGGUCAAAGCAUAACAGAAGAAAUAGGAAAACAAGCUAUCAAAUUCAGAGAAAUUGAUAAAGAUGAGAAAAGUAAACUGUGGGAGCAAUUGAAGGACAGUCUAAAGGGAUGA